GCGCUAGUCCUGUCCUCAAAUAAAGCCCUGGGUUAAAGCUUCAGCCCUGGCGCCUAAAACCAGCUCACCCUCUGAGAUCUCAGGGAGCCUGGGAGAGGCUAAGGGUCGCACCUGGAGGCAGAGGAGGCAGCGGAGGGAAAGUGACUAAGCUAGCCGCUCCAGUGCGGGACAGGAGCCGAAGGGACGCCAGUGUCAGCCCCAGCUGGGCUGUGGCGGCUGCCAACGCCUCUUGCAGCCCCGCAGCUUCGAAGCCGCCGCCCCGGAGCUACGCUUUUCUCUGCGGUGAAGUUUUUGAAAGCUGCUAGAGACUCGGAGGAAGAGAGGAAAGUCCCGGGUAGGACUGACGGCUGCCUUUGUCUUCCUCCCCUCCACCCCAUUGCCCCUUCCUGGGGCUCCUCUCUUGCUGCUGCCUCCACCCGCUCCCCUCUACCCCACCCCCCCACACACACUUCCCCUCCACUCUAGUCAGCCCAGCGCGGCCAGCCCGAGUUUGCAGAGAGGUAACUCCCUUUGGCCGCGAGCAGACAAGCUAGCUCUACAUUGGGAAGAGGGCUCUGGGGAAGCUAGGCGAUCUCGGAGAAGCUUCAGCUGUGCAGCCAAGACCUGCCUGGUUAGGCGACACGCGGGGUGAGCCCCUAAGUUCCCCUCACUCCCUCUCCACCUGGCCCUGCAUGCCCCCGCCCUCUAGCCAUUUUUCGGGACCAAAGAUCAAAGGAUGAAAAGGCAAUCAGGUCUUCAGUAGCCCAAAACAAAAACAAACAGAAAAACCCCAUUCAAACCUGAACAAAACCAAAGGGAAGGGGGGAGAAAAACAAUAACCAGAUUCUGAUUUGCACCUGCUUCAGUGGACACAGUCUGGAAGACCGAGAGUUUUCUUUUUAUUUUUUCUUUCAAGAUCUGAGCAUCUAUUGAAUCUACCCUCCAAGUAUUGAGGAACAGACUGUGAGCCUAGCAGGGUAGAUUUUGUCCAACGCGUGUGUUUUCCUCUGCACAAGACUUUGAGGCCGUCAGAGAAAUUUCUUGUGGUUAUUCCUGCAAGUUUCUUUCCCAGGAGCUUUCCUCAGGUGGGUAGCUAGCUGCAGUGACUACCGCAUCACAGCCUGUUGAACUCUUCUCAGCAAGAGAAGGGGAAACAGGAUAAAGGAAUUAGGUGGAAGAUACAACCAAGCUCAAGGAUGGAGGUGCAGUUAGGGCUGGGGAGGCUCUACCCACGACCGCCGUCCAAAACCUAUCGAGGAGCUUUCCAGAACCUGUUCCAGAGCGUGCGAGAAGUGGUCCAGACUCCGGGACCCCGGCACCCCGAGGCCGCGAGCGCAGCACCUCCCGGCGCCCAUUUACAGCAGCAACAGGAGACCAGUGCCCAGCAGCAGCAGCAACAGCAGGGUGAAGAUGGAUCUCCCCAAGCCCAGAGCAGAGGCCCCACAGGCUACCUGGCCCUGGAGAACGAACAGCAGCCUUCACAACAGCAGUCAGUUCCCGAGGGCCACCCGGAGAGUGGCUGCAUAUCGGAGCCCGGGCUCCCCUCAGCUGCCGGCAAGGGGCUGCAGCAGCAGCCGCCAACACCUACGGACGAGGAUGACUCAGCUGCCCCAUCCACGUUGUCCCUGCUGGGCCCCACUUUCCCGGGUUUAAGCAGCUGCUCCGCCGAUCUUAAAGACAUCCUGAGCGAGGCCGGCACCAUGCAACUGCUUCAGCAGCAGCAGCAACAGCAGCAGGAGGUAGUAUCUGAAGCCAGCAGCAGUGGGAGAGCGAGGGAGGCCGCUGGGGCUCCAACGUCCUCCAAGGACAAUUACUUAGGGGGCAGUUCUGCCAUCUCGGACAGCGCCAAGGAGUUGUGUAAGGCAGUGUCGGUAUCUAUGGGCUUGGGCGUUGAGGCUUUGGAGCAUCUGAGUCCUGGGGAACAGCUUAGAGGGGAUUGCAUGUAUGCUCCGCUCCUGGGAGGUCCACCUUCUGUGCGUCCUACUUGUGCCCAGCUGGCUGAAUGCAAAGGUUCUCUGCUGGAUGAUGGCCCAGGCAAGGGCACCGAAGAGACUUCUGAGUAUUCCCCAUUCAAGGCAGGUUACCCAAAAGGGCUGGAAGGCGAGAGCCUGGGCUGCUCUAGCAGCGCUGAAACAGGACUCUCCGGAACACUUGAGCUGCCAUCCGCCCUGUCUCUCUACAAGUCUGGAGCACUGGAAGAGGCAGCGGCUUAUCAGAGUCGCGACUACUAUAACUUUUCACUAGCCCUGGCCGGGCCGCCGCCCCCUCCGCAGCCUCACCAUCCUCAAGCCCGCAUCAAGCUGGAGAACUCCCUGGAUUAUGGCAGCGCUUGGGCAGCUGCAGCGGCGCAAUUCCGCUAUGGGGACCUGGCCAGCCUGCACGGCGGGGGUGUAGCUGGACCCAGCUCAGGCUCACCCUCAGCUGCCUCCUCUUCCUGGCACACUCUUUUCUCGGGUGAAGAAAGCCAGCUGUAUGGGCCCUGUGGCGGUGGUGGUGGCGGCAGCACAGGGGAGGCAGGGGCUGUAGCCCCCUAUGGCUAUACUCGGCCUCCUCAAGGGCUGGCUGGUCAGGAAGGCGACUUCCCCCCAUCUGAUGUGUGGUAUCCUGGCGGCAUGGUCAGUAGAGUGCCGUAUUCAAGUCCCAAUUGUGUCAAAAGCGAGAUGAGCCCCUGGAUGGAGAGCUACUCUGGAUCUUACGGGGACAUGCGUGCCAACUUUGUACCAGAUCCUAUGCUGAUUUCUGAGGAUACAAAGAGAAAUAAUUUGGAUACUUCAAGGGACCAUGUUCUUCCCAUUGACUAUUACUUUCCACCCCAGAAGACCUGCCUGAUCUGUGGGGAUGAAGCUUCUGGCUGUCAUUAUGGAGCUCUCACUUGUGGAAGCUGCAAAGUCUUCUUUAAAAGAGCUGCUGAAGGGAAACAGAAGUACCUGUGUGCCAGCAGAAAUGAUUGUACCAUUGAUAAAUUCCGAAGGAAAAAUUGUCCAUCUUGUCGCCUCCGGAAAUGCUAUGAAGCAGGGAUGACUCUGGGAGCUCGGAAACUGAAGAAACUUGGUAAUCUGAAACUACAGGAGGAAGGGGAAGUUUCCAGCGCCAAUAGCCCCACUGAGGAGCCAACCCAGAAGCUUGCAGUGUCACAUAUUGAAGGCUAUGAGUGUCAGCCUAUCUUUCUGAAUGUCCUGGAAGCCAUUGAACCAGGCGUGGUGUGUGCUGGACAUGACAACAACCAGCCCGACUCCUUCGCAGCCUUGCUGUCUAGCCUCAAUGAACUGGGUGAAAGGCAGCUUGUGCAUGUGGUAAAGUGGGCCAAGGCCUUGCCUGGCUUCCGCAACUUGCACGUGGAUGACCAGAUGGCAGUCAUUCAGUACUCGUGGAUGGGGCUUAUGGUGUUUGCCAUGGGAUGGAGGUCCUUUACCAAUGUCAACUCUAGGAUGCUCUACUUUGCCCCUGACCUCGUUUUCAAUGAGUACCGCAUGCACAAGUCCCGGAUGUACAGCCAGUGUGUCCGAAUGAGGCACCUUUCUCAAGAAUUUGGAUGGCUCCAAAUCACCCCCCAGGAAUUCCUUUGCAUGAAGGCACUGCUCCUCUUCAGCAUUAUUCCAGUGGAUGGGCUGAAAAAUCAAAAAUUCUUUGAUGAACUUCGAAUGAACUACAUCAAGGAACUUGAUCGUAUCAUUGCAUGCAAGAGAAAAAAUCCCACAUCCUGCUCAAGGCGCUUCUACCAGCUCACCAAGCUCCUGGAUUCUGUGCAGCCUAUUGCACGAGAACUGCAUCAGUUCACUUUUGACCUGCUAAUCAAGUCUCAUAUGGUGAGCGUGGACUUCCCAGAAAUGAUGGCAGAGAUCAUCUCUGUGCAAGUGCCCAAGAUCCUUUCUGGAAAAGUCAAGCCCAUCUAUUUCCACACUCAGUGAAGCUUUGGAAGCCCCCAUUUCCUCACCCAACCCCACUCCCUUUUUCAGAUAUUCUCUGCCUGUUAUAACGCUGCACUACUUCUCUGCUGUGCCUUGGAGAAUUUCCUCUAUUGAUGUAUAGCCUGUUCCUGAGCUCUAUUUGCUAGGCUUUUUCCCCUCUUUUCCUCCUUUCUUUUUCUUCCUCCCUAUCUCACCACCCCCCAUAGCACUUUGAGACUCUGCUCCCUGCCAUGGCUCUUAUCUCUGUUUUGAAUGGUGUUGUAUUUCUUGAAAUCUGUGAUGAUCCUCAUGUGGCCCAGUGUCAAGUUGUACUUGUUUAUAGCAAGUGCCAUACUUGCAAGUGCACACUGUGCUGUGUGCCAGCUACACAAACGUUUACUCAUCUAACACCAUGGGAAGUUUAGAGACCUAAGAGUAUCUGGGAGAACAAAAACUAAAACAAAAAAAAUAACAAAACCAAAAAAACUUGCUAGAAUAUUAUUCCUCUUAAAAAUAUAAAAACAACCCUCCCAAAAAGCUAACAGUGACUAGAAUAAAGUGAACAUUACGAGACCAUGGGGAGUCACUGCUUUUUUCCCAAACCCUCCCUCCAACACUUUACUUUCUGCCAAUAGCUAUUGCCAUUAGAGGGCAGGGUGACCCCAGAAUGGGGGGAGGGGAGAGACAGAUUUAAGACGGUCAAAGAAGACAGCUAAAUCACCACUACUUGACCACAGUGUUGGUCUCUGACAUCUAGAUUCAACUGCAGUGCAAUUCAUUGUACUAAAAAUGUCCUUCUUGUUUGAAAACUUGUCUGCAUGUGAAUGGCCUCCCCCAUCCCAAUCUUCCUCUCCUUUACCCUCUUCUACCCUCUAAUUAACUUUAAAAAGCUUUUCUAAGAACUUUGAACAAAUGUUCUCUUUAGCUAAAACUUGGCCACUUCCAGUGAAGAGUCAGACCAGUGAGAAAGAAGAAAGAUUUUAUCCUUUGGAAGGCCCCAUUCAGAUCCAGGUGUGCUUUCCCAUUUAUGGGCCAAGGAGGAACUUGUGGCUGCCAUCAGAGGAGAAGGAAGUAGUGGCUUGGCUCUUCUCCACUUAGGACACUGAAGAAUUAAUCUCCCUUUUUUACACCUUUGAAAAACCUGAAUGCUUUCAACCUGACUCUGUGUAGCUUGCAAGAUCCCUGCACCCUCCCUUGAGUGUUUUGUGGGCCCGAACUUCACCAGCCACAGUGGUGAAGCUUGUGUACUUCUCUAGGCAUGUUCACACAGACUGCUAAGAGUCUUCACCACCAAGAAGGCUAGCAAACAAGCAGACUUAACAUUUAUCCCUAGAUGCAAAUAGACUCAAAGACUUCUAAUCAAUAUCUCUUAUCAACUAUCAGAUCUUCUCUGGAACCCUCAGACAAACUGGAAAGAAGGUGUCAACAGUAUUGCACAAGCUGGGCGACUUGCCCUUGUCCCUCAAAGAUGGUACUUUCCCACCAAGUGGAUAAAUGCCCACCUUCUCCUUUAGAACAGCUAACAUGGCUACCCAGAUUAGGGUUAAAGAGAAAGUUCAACUAUCAGGCUGGGAAGAAUGAAGGCACUAGGACCAGAAACCCUGUAAGUGCUCUCCUUGCCACCCAGCAUAUCCACUUGCAGAAGUCAUGGGAAGAGGAGAAAAGAAACCAAGAGGAGACUCACUACUAAAUUAAAGUCUUCAGAGGCAAAGUUUAAAGCCAGAUGGGUACCAUCUGGUGAGUUUAUUCAUCCUCCUCCUCUGCUGCUGAUUCUGGGCUCUGACUUUGGCCACCUCACUCAGACUCUCCACCUAUGUUGCUGCCUGUCAGCCGGAGGGAAGCUGAAACAUUGACAUUACAGAACUAUGGCCUCCUUUGGAAAGUUCUGGUUGAUGUGGCUCCAGUGAGCUGCCACCCAUGAACUCAGGCUGUGUUCCUGGGACACUGGUUUCAUAUAGUUCUUUGGCACACCUCUGUUCUGUUGACUUUGUCCACCAAACCGAAGUGCAGAGGGAAUGUUCAUCUACUUUCUCAUCUUAGCUACUGCCUCCUAACUUAGCUCUUAAAUUCAACUGCUAAACUCAAGAAAUUAGGAGGCAGUCAACAAACUGCCCAUUUCGGUUGGUUCACUUUACUUGUUGAGAUACUUUCUGAGUGAUAUGAUAUGAUCUACAUGGGUUUCCUCCCCUGAUUUCUGUAUUGGUAUUAAUAGCCAAAAGAACUUGCAAAACAGCUUCUUUAAAUAACAAGGGAGAGGGGAACCUAAGAUGGGUGAUAUACCAAUCCCAGACUGCUGGGUAAAACUAAAGCUGACAGGUUCUCUUUCUGGCAUAAGAUAGACAAAAUAUGGUUUUCUUUGUUAUGACACCAUUUGACUUAUAUAAGUUCACAGGAUCACUUUUAGCUAUUUUAAACAGGAAAAAUAUACCACUUUUUUCAGUUAAACUAGGUUACAUUUUAAUAAUUCCUUUACAUAUGUUUUGAAAUUAUUUUAAUCUUUUGUGGUACAUGGAUUUGAUGAUAUCAUUCUAAUACUUCUCCUUGUAAAGACUAUAGGCUCUCCUUUCCAUUUCUCUCACUAUCAAAUUUUUCAUCUUUAGAGAUUUCUCAAUUGUGACUCUUGUCCUUAUGAACACACACAUACAUAUAUAUGUUUUUACUUGUGAAAGUGAAAAAUCAGUGUAAUUAAAAACAGCAACAACUGGAUUACUCCAAAUUUCCAAAUGGCAAGACAAGGGAAAAACAGCCUAAACAAGGCCUUAAGCCUACUGUUUUUGCACUGGGGAUUCUAUGAGAGGAAAUAUUUUAGCUUGGCUUUAUUAUCCCACAGAUGAAGGAAGGAUUUGUGUUUUUUGUUUGUUUGUUUUUGGCCAUUUGUGUUCCAGGCAAUGUAAAUGACAGAAGUCUCAUUUUGUAUGCACUCUGCUCUACAAACAGAGUUGACAUGGUUGGUAUACUGUGCUCACCUUUGAAGGAUUUGAUACCCAGAUCCACUCACCUGGUGAGCUGGAAGAUGAAGAUCACUCACCAGACGUGUCACAGUGGCUAUGUUCAAAGAGAUUUGCAGUACUCAGUGGGGAUGGAGAGUGAGGAAGAGAGGAAAAAACAGACACACUAGGGAAAAGACCCUGUCUGUGUGGACAACAGACAGCUGCCAGGGUCACAAACACUGUGGUCAAAGAAGAGUCAUGUGGCAGUUUCAGCUUUUGUUCAUUGGGCAGCUUGCCCAGGCCUGGCCUCUGAGCUGAAAUGGGGAUUGGAUUCUUUGUUCCAUAGCUUCUCUAUGCCACAGACAGUACCAUUGUUCUUGUAAAGCUUAUUAUUUUUUUAAUGAGAAAGGGAUUUUUGAAGGAUUUUGUCAUAUCUCUGAAAAAGAAAAUCAGUAACAUAUAUUUUAUAUAUGUUCAUUGCCACUAAAAAGAACAGUUUUACUGUGUCCCUCUGUCCUUUGGAUAGUUUCUGAGGGUUGAGAAAUAGUGUGCUGAUGCUAGAGUCUCUCUCUGUCCAUACUUUAUUUCUAAAUGCAUAUAUACAUAUACAGAAAGAAUUCUAUUUGUACUUUAAGAGAAAGUAGUUCCACCUACACAUGAUACUGACAUUACACAGAUGACCUAACCUGGAGCUUCAAGUAGCUUCUGUUUGAUUCAUUAAGCAUAGCACAGACCUGGCCUUGACUUGUUUUCUCCCUUGAUAUUUGGCAGGGUACAAAAGCCCAAGCUACCCUCUUUAUCCCUUCCCAAACUUGUACCACAGUAGCAUUUUAUAAGAUUCUCUCCUGACAACUCAGUAACUAUUCCCGCAUGUUUCCUGCAUGGCCCCUGGAAAGUAAGAGGUUGACUACUUAUUGUCCUGUGCCAGUUGUACAGAUGAAAAGGCACUGGGCCAAAGGAGUGGCCUUCAUGCUUGACCCCCUUUAGGGAGUCAUGGGAAUCAGAAAUGCUAAAGCACAGGAUCGAAUCCCAAAGUUAAAGUCAAAAUAAGCCAUUUUGCAUGUGCAAUUUCUUGUAAAAGGAACUUUCUACCCCUACUGCCUUUUAUAGGCAGUUCUGUUAUUAUUACCAAUCUCUUUGAAAAUCUUUGAAAGAUGUUUUAAAAAAGACAAAGAGAUGAGAGCAUCAUAUUAUAUAACCAAAGAUUACAUUGUAUCUGCUAAGAUACGAAUAUUUUUAAGGGCAGGGAGGGAUUAAACAUUAGUGCCUCUUUGGUAAGCUAUCCAAAGACAGACUAAAGGACUUGGCUGAUGACUGAUUUAUAAGAGAUCUGUGGGACUCCCCCUCCCCACAAUAUACAUGUUUAGAAGUAAGGAAGAUAAUUUUUUUAAAUAAGAUUAUGGGUCCUUCACUAACUGAUUUUAUAAGUAGAACUAGCUUUCCUUCUCUCCAGUAGUUGUUGAGCAAAUUUUUAAAGCUCCAUCAUUGCAUGGUUGGAAAUGGAGCUGUCUUGGCCACUGUGUUUGCUAGUGUCCAUGUUAGCUUAUUUGAAUAUGUGAAUACCUUGCUGAGAAAGGGAGCAUUAAAAGACUAGAUUUUGCAUCAGAAAGACAGCAGGCAGAAAUCUUCAUUUCUGCCCACUUUGGAAGACACAAAAAGUUGACACAAAAAGUUCUCUGUGGUUUAAGGCAGACAGUUGAAAUAUAUUGUAAAUGAGUAUUUGUAUCCAUGUUUCAAAAUUGAAUUAUGUAUAUAGAUAUUAUGUGUUCUGAUAGCUUUACCUUUCUCUGCACCUUUAUAUUUCAUUGCAGGUCACAAAUGAUACCAUGUACUUGUGAGACAGGCUGCAGUUACAUUUUGUAAGCUCUCAAAAUGUAAAAGACACCUUGGUUGAUCAAAUAACUAAGAGAUCUCUGUCCCUAUUGGGGCCUGACCCACAGGCCUUAUAAAGGAACAGGAGUGGGACAUGAUGGUAGGGUACAUGAUGUAUUGCACUUUACUAGCCUGGGACUAGUGAAUGUUUAAAGGGUGGUGAAAACUUAUUGGAUCUGAUUGGGAUUUACUAUAAGAAAAGCCCAGAGUUGGGGUCAAAGGCCCACCAAAAUGAUUAGCUAGUGGCCCCCUAAUGGGACUUGAGCAGUUUGAAGACAGAAGGACAUUCUUUGUUGGGAUGUGAUCAGUUUGAAGACAGAAGGACAUUCUUUGUUCUUCUCCAUCCUUGUGAGAAAGGGGCAGUUUACUGCACUUGGGAACCUGGAGCAAGUGCUCCAUCUUUCCCAUAAUUUACCCACCUGCUAUUGAGGUGCUCUUGCUACUGGGUGUCUGUGUGCUCUGAUUAUGGUUUGGGUAUGUUCUGUAGAGAUUUUGACGAUGAAAAUCUGCUUUUCUCUGUUAAAAAUUUGACAAUGAACUAGAAGUAAUAAUCACUAUAGGUACAGGUCUGUCUCUGCCCACAGGUAGGGGUGUUUUUCUUUAAUUCAGAGAUUGACACUGGGGUCUGUUGCUCAGAGGCUCCCAAUGCUUAACCAUUUCUAGGUGAAAGCAGAAAAAAUCCACAUUAUUCACCCCUCUUCAAACACUUCAGCUGAGGUAACAAAACAUUUGAAAUGUUCCCACCCACCAAAGUGAAUGGUAAGUAUUUGGACUAAGCAGGUAGUCUUAAAGGGAAAACAUCUUUGACUCAGCUUCAAUUUAUCCCCACUUGGUUUGGCCAAAAACUAAGCAAUAUGUCUUGAUUGGUUUCCAGCCCCAAUUCUUAUAGCAGGGGUGCAGUUCCAUUCCUUAUCCCACUUGUCUCUUAGCCCUUUAUGUAAUUAAAUGAGACAUUGUGGACUGAAUGGCCCAUGUGGCCUAAAAUAGUUUCCACAUGCACUACUUAAAUGGCUGUGAUAUAGGUGCAGAUUCCAUUGGCAACCAAAGACCAGAAUAUACACAGACCCUACAGAAAAGAAAAUUCUGGGAAUGUUGCUGCUUCUCAGGUGGUGCCCUCUCUGCCAGAUGCUUCCUACUUUGGGACUGUGUUUCCUGCCUGGCAGAAAGGGCAAACCUGCAGUCUCUCUCAACCUUAGCCCUUGCUGCUAACUAUCUGGCAGUGAAGUGCCUGUGGGGUUGUCCUAUCCCACAAGCCAUUCAGGUGCUGAGAGAAGUCACCAUUGGGAUUGCCCAAGCUAAAAAAAGAGUCCCUUCAGCACUCCUUAACACCCUUCUGCUUUCUCCUAGACUGGAACGUUGAUUAGGGAGUGCCUCAGACAUGACAUUCUUGUCCUGUCCUUGAGAUUAAUAUGGGCAGCAGGAAGAAGCAGAUUAUGUAACCAGAUAUAAGAAUUAAUUUUGAUAUUGAUAAAAAUAAAGAAAAAGAGAGAAAAGCAUUAUAUACAGAUUUUUCAAAGGAAACAUUAAUUUUGCUUGAAACUUGUUUCAAUGGAGCUUCAGUUCUCACAGCAGCACUUGGCCCCCACUGGGCAGGAGGGCCAUCCCCAAGCUUUAGUGUUCUGUUCUCUUUUUGUAAUCGUGGAAUCUUCUGUUGCUCUGAAUAUAAUUAAAGAUAGCAGAAACUUGUUUGUUGGAAUACAUGUGUGAUUCUGGGUUUGUCUCUGUCUCUGUUUUCAGAAAUGUCAUCUAUUGUGUAAAAUACUGGCUUGCUCGUCUGCCAGCUAAAACUUGGCUACAGCCCCUGUUGUGGCUACAGGCUCAAGUUAUUGUUAACAAAAAGACUCUAGAAAAGCUGCUAAUGUCCUCUUAUCACCAUCAUUAAUUUGUUAAAAUAUAAAACAAUCUAAAAUUUCA